CUUUCACUUGAAGACGAUCUUCUUCCCACAGUCAUAUUCGCAAUGAAGCCGACAGCUCGAAUAGCACUGCGCUCGACGAUCCGCCAGCAGCUCCAAUGCACACACCCCAACGCAGCGACUCUCCCUUUAAUAACCCGACGAACACAGCACCACCGCAACAUCCACACCACACCCCCCACACCCGCCACCGUCUCCCCAAUCCACGGCACCGGUCCACCCCCCGAGCCGCCCGUCCCCUCCGCAGACAGCUCAACGGCGCGUCUCGAGCGUCGCAAAAAGCAAGCCGAGCUUCUCGAAAAAGCGCAAGAGAUCCGUAAAUCCUCGUCCAAGCCCACAGACUCGAAGAAAGAAUUCAGAGAUAAUGCGCUGAGAAGACGGUUCUGGAAAGACGUGCACGUGCACGAGGUCGAUGGGGCGUGGGAGGUGCAUCUGGAUAAACGACCGCUGCGACGCCCGAAUACGAAGGAGAUCGUGCGUGUGCCACUUAGCAAGCCGUUGCUGGCGACUGCGCUGGCCGUGGAGUGGGAUAUGCUGCUUUCGCCGCAGCAGGCUACGCGGGCUCAUCUUAUUCCGCUGACGAGCUUGGUUUGCAGGGCUCUUGAUAUCGGGGACGAUGAUGCGGGGAGUGGUGGGGCGUUGAGGGAGGGGAUUGCGAAUAUGUUGCUGAGGUACCUUGAUACGGAUUCUUUGCUCUGCUGGGCGCCGCCGCCGAGAUAUGAUGAUGGGCCUGGGGAGAGUUUGAGGGAUCGCCAGAAGAAGGCGACGGAUGAGGUUGUGGGGUUCUUGACGAGUCGGGUUUGGCCGGGAGUGAGCAUUGAGCCGGUGCUUGAUGGCGAUACGAUUAUGCCUAAGAGCCAUCCUGAGAUCACGAGGCAGAUUGUUCAGGGGUGGAUUAUGGGGUUGAGUCAUUGGGAGCUGGCGGGUAUGGAGAGGGCCGUGCUUGCGGGGAAGGGGGUGCUAGGCGCGACGAGGUUGUUGGUUGAGUGGAGCGAGGGAUUCGUAGGCGCGGGGAUUGGGGAUGGGGCGAAUGGUGCGGCGCCUGGGGAGGGGAAGAAGUUUGGAGUUGAGGAGGCGGCGAGGUUGGCGAGCAUUGAGGUCGAUUGGCAGACGGGGAAUUGGGGAGAAGUUGAGGAUACACACGAUGUGGAGAAAGAGGAUUUGAGACGGCAGCUGGGCAGCGUGGUCUUGCUGGUUAGUGGAACUGGGGCAAAGUAGUCCGUCUGAAGGUAUUGUCUACCUAUGUAUGUAUAUAUAAGAAAAUACGGGUUAAAGGAUAUACGUAAACUAGAGUGUAUAUUACCAAUCCUAUCCGUUAUUCCCCUG